AUGAAAAAGGAAGAGAGGCUUCCCAUCGGAGAGAGUGUUGAGACUGAAUAUGCUGAAAAAUACAGGCAGGUAGAGGCAGAAGAGCUAAAUGUAGCUGGAAAUGAAGAACUUGUCUAUAAACCAGAUAAUUCGUUGUCUCAGCGGGAGUCGAGUUGGACUUCUAUACCUAAGUAUAAAUGUGUGGAUAUACCUCUAGCCAGACACAAGGAAGAGAUAGUGUCUGUGAUAGAAAGCAAUUCAGUUGUGAUUGUACAAGGAACAACUGGCUGUGGGAAGAGCACACUGAUUCCACAGUAUGUUUUGGAUUAUUACAUUGAGCAGUCCGUCUACUGCAACAUUGCUGUGACCCAGCCUCGGAAGAUCGGUGCCAGCAGCAUUGCCAAGUGGAUUAGCAUGGAACGAUCGUGGACUCUGGGUGGGAUUGUAGGAUACCAGGUAAAUUUAGAGAAAGUUUUCACAAAGGAGACGAUGUUGCUGUACAUGACAACAGGAGUUCUUCUUCAGAAAAUAAUCUCUGCCAAAAGCCUGACUGCAUUCACACACCUUUUCAUCGAUGAAGUGCAUGAGCGGACAGAAGAAAUAGAUUUCUUGCUCCUGGUGAUCCGGAAACUAUUAUGUACAAAUUCACAGUCUGUAAAGGUAAUUUUGAUGUCUGCUUCCAUCAACUGUAAAGAAUUCAUAGAUUACUUUACACUUCCAACUCAUAAAGGUCUGAAUCAAGUCUGUGUAUUGAGGGUGGAAGGCAAACCUUAUGCAGUCAAAGAAUAUUAUCUCGAUGAUUUGAAGCACACUAUUGGUUUCCAGCUUCCUCCUCUAGAAAUCAAGGAACCAACAAUAAGAAAGGAAAUGUAUGACGUAGCAGUGUCUUUGAUUCAGUCGUUUGAUGGGUUGGAGAUGAGCAAUUGGAAGGAAAAAAACUUGAGUGUGAGAACAGAACGUGGAAGUGUGCUAGUGUUUUUACCAGGUGUGUGUGAAAUAAGCUACAUGCACUCACGUCUCUCCAAGAUACGUAAGCAAAGGUGGCAAGUGUACCCACUUCACUCCAGUGUGACAUUAGAGGAGCAAAGUAAUGUGUUUGUGGCUUCACUUCCUGGCUACAGAAAAGUUAUUCUAUCUACAAACAUAGCAGAGAGCUCUGUAACAGUUCCUGAUGUUAAGUAUGUGAUAGAUUUCUGCUUAACUAGAAUAUUGGUUUGUGAUGAGGAAACGAAUUAUGGGAGCUUGAGACUUGUCUGGGCAUCUAAAUCAAACUGUAAUCAAAGAAAAGGUCGGGCUGGACGUGUUUCCCAAGGGUCUUGUUACAGACUUGUAUACAAGGACUUCUGGACAUACUUCAUACCAGAGAGGCUGGUACCAGAGAUACUGCGUUGUCAGUUGGGAACUACAGUGUUAAAAAUCAAACAGCUAGAUAUGGGGUCACCAAAAGCCGUGUUGUCGUCAGCUCUCUCUCCACCUAGAGUACGUGACAUUGAGCGUACCAUACGUGAGCUGAAAGAGCUGGGAGCACUUAGAACUUGUGUGCAAACAGACGAAAAUCCAGAUGACGGUGAGAUGACUUCCUUAGGAAGGAUACUGGUAGAUUUGCCAGUGGAUCUGCGUCUUGGAAAACUGAUAGUGCUUGGGCACGCCUUCGGGUGCUUAGAAGAAUGCCUUAUUAUAGCUGCAGCACUCUCGUUGCGGAAUUUUUUUUCACUGUCUUUCAGAGAGGGUUUCCAUGAAUACAGGAACAAACUGUUUUUUUCUGGGGAUAGUAAGAGUGACUGUAUUGCAAUUGUGAAUGCGUUUCAGACAUGGCAGGUUUGGAAACAAAAAGGAGAGCUGAAACAUCCCAAGGAAGAGCUUGCAUGGGGUCAAUCAAAUGGUAUUAAUAUCAAAAAGAUCAGACAGGUGGCAGAGUUAUUUCAUGACUUGAAAAAGCGAGUUGAAGCGUUUGACAUGUGUGUGAGUGCUCAACCAAUUCCUCUGGAUAAGGAACAUGUGUGCAGACAACGCUUCAUUUUGCAGGUGGUAAUAGCUGGUGCUUUCUAUCCAAACUACUUCACUGUUGGAAAAUGUGAGGAGCAACUUGCUGUGAGACAACUUAAUGGCAAAGAUCCAAAAACCACUGUAAUGCUGAAGAAGAUGCCUCCUUAUGGAUUUCUAUACCAUAAACAGUUGCAGUCACUGCUUAGGCAGUGUGGGGAGGUAAAAUCUAUUGCCUAUGAUGGAUCAAAGGCUUUUGUGGAGUUCUCCCGUAACCCCACGGAAGGCUUUAAGAUUCUUCGUGCAGUGUACCUGUCAGUCAAGAUGUCACAGAUGAAAAUUCCUCUUACACUGGACGUUCAUGAUAUCACAAAGGAAUUGCAAGGUGUGGCAGGAGCACAUGGGGAAUUUCUGAGAGUAAAUGUGGACUGUCUGCAGAACACAGUGGAGCCCAUGGAAACAUCAUUUCAUACUUUGCAACAAUUAGAGAUGAUGCCAGAUGGUUUUAUGUCCAUCACAGUAACAGAGAUAGUAGAGGCUGGACACUUCUGGGGUUACAGGAGAAAUGAAAAAACCAGGUCUGCACUCUACUCUAUAGCUGCUGAAAUUAACUCCCAGAACCUGAUGGAUUUGCCAGUGUCUCCGUGUCCAGGGUUGAUUUGUCUGGCCCCAUUCACUCAUUUCGAAAACAGAGGAUAUUACAGAGCUCGUAUUCUGUGUGUUUGUAGAAAUGUUGCUGAGGUUUUUUUUGUGGAUUACGGCAAUAAAUCAAAAGUGCCUUUAAACCAAUUGAGAAAGAUUCCAAGCUCUCUUCAAGAGCUUCCUUUCCAGGCUUUAGAAUUCAAGAUGUGCAAGAUGCGUCCAUCUGCAGUAUCUCUUGUGUGUGGGGAGCGGUGGAGUUACAGUGCUAACAAGAGAUUUGCCUCACUAGUAAAUGACUGCAGUCCCCUAGUGAAGGUGUAUUCACUUGUGCACGGUGUUCUGCACGUGGAUGUGUUGUGUUAUUUGGAGAGUGAAGAGCUGGUGAAUAUUCGAGACGUGCUCAUCAAAGAAUGUUAUGCUGAACCAGCAGAAGAAUCCUAUGAAUCACAACAAAGCCGUGAGUUGCUGAGGGACUUCUUUACCAACCAAGAAGAGGAACAAGAGAAAUUUCCCGUGUCUUCAAGAAAGGAAGAAAAACAUCUGAUUGAAAGAUUGUUAAAAUGCUAUUCUGAUGUUAAAUCUGAUGCACCAACCCAACAGAUACAGCUUUUUGGCCCAUACAGUCCUUACGAGGUGAAAUGCUCCAGUGUCACUAGAGUAUCCCUGUUGAGACAUACUCUUAUACCGAAUGAAAGCGUCAACUCUCUUAUUGUCCAGGAUGCUGCAGAAGUUCCCUUCCAGCAGUUGUUGGUUGCUGCUACUUUAUCAGUCAAUGCAACUGGAAAUAGUGUGAUUUUAUGGGAAACCUCCUUGAUGCCUCCUAUCCCUGGCCUGCCUGCACUCCUCAGUAUGCUGUUUUCUCCUGCUAUGGAACUCAGGGUUAAUGAAAGUGGAAAGUAUUUUACUGGUGUUCUGUGUGGUUUGGGUUGGAGUCAGACUUGUAGGGCUCCACUGCUUCCAGAAAAUGACAUGGAGCUGACAUUCGAUGUGCAUUUUGGAACGAAAGACAUAUCAGAGAUAAACGACAUAAGGACAGCCAUUAAUGAGCUGCUCUGUGAGUGUGUGGCACCUUCUGGACAAGCCAUAAUGACACAGCUGCAGGAAAACAUUCGUCACAAACUUCUCUGUUUAAUCUGCAAAUCAAGACCUCAAGGUGUAAUUAUUCCUGGAUGGUUUAGGGAGCCAUUCGUGUGGAAUCAGGUGGAUUCUUCACGUAUCAUUAACCAGCCUGAAAAGCAGCACCAGAGAGAAAAGGAUCUUUAUCAGCUACAUCAGCUUGUUAUGUUGGAUGCUUAAGUAUUUCUGGAAGUCCUUCAGAGGACAAGGUAUUCCAAGUC